ACCAACCGGAACAGACAUACAUAGUGGUGGUUUCUACCCCCUCUCUCUCUCUCUCCCCCAAUCAUCAUUCACCUUUUUCAGCACUUUUUUUUUUCUUCACACACUUUUAUUACAAAGAUACUACAGUUUAGGGUUUUGUUGUGACUAUAAAAAUAUUGGUAGGAAAAAAGAAAGAUGUAUGAUUUCUUUCUUAUCUCUACUAGCGGUUCUCACUAGCUACAAUCAUCUUCCACAAAAUAUAUAAGAGUGAUAUAUAAUAGUAAUAAUAAUAGUAGUUGAAGUGUUGUUUAAUAAAUGACAGAGAAGGAUCUGGAGGAUUACUAUAGUCACUUUACGACUUCUUACAAAUCUCUUCAGAUCAAUAGCAACUUCUUUAGGUACAACUCGUCUUUCAACUGGAUUUGGAUUUUCCGUAGACAGCGUUAGAUUGUUUCUCCAGUAUUCAUGUUGCCAGAGGGGUAGUUAAGCUAUGGGUUGUGUUAAGGCUGCUAAGCUUUUCAAAGGUUCAUUAUGUAUUAAUAUCUUUCUGUUAACUAUCUUGAAAUCCAGUUUUCUAAAUGUAAUUGCUGAAGAGCUCCCUCCUGCAUCUCAGCUAGUUAGUCUUCCUAGUUCGGGAAUAUUUGAGCCUAUAGAAAUAUCACCUUCAGUUUUACCACACUACCCCUUCCUGGGGAAGACUUUGCCACCAAUGUAUCCUUUCUUCCCAAAAACAUACAAACCAGUCUUAACUGGUAGAUGCCCGUUUAAUUUCUCAUCCAUUUCAAGUAUCAUGGAAAAAACAGCAUCCGACUGUUCUGCACUUUUAGCACCACUUGUAGCAAAUGUUAUAUGUUGCCCACAGUUUGGCAGUUCACUUCACAUAUUUCAGGGGCAUUAUAGUAAAAAUUCUGAUAGUUUAGUUCUACAAAAUACAACUGCUGAUGAUUGUUUCUCAGAUAUUGUGGAAGUUCUGGCCAGCAGAGGUGCAAACAGCUCAGUACCAGCUAUUUGUUCUUUCAAAUCAUCUAAUUUAACUGGUGGUUCGUGUCCUGUAAAGGAUAUAAAUACGUUUGAGAAAACAGUAAAUACAAGCAAAUUAUUGGAUGCUUGUAGUGUAAUUGAUCCUCUUAAGGAGUGCUGCAGAUCAGUUUGUCAACCAGCAAUUAUGGAAGCUGCUUUUCAGAUAUCUUCAUCACAAUCGACUGCUAAUUUGAACACGGACACGGGCUUAUCUACCCAUAUUGAUGUGCUUAACGAUUGCAAAAGUGUUGUGUAUUCAUGGCUUUCAAGGAAACUUCCAUCAGAUGCUGCAGAUUCUUCAUUUAGAAUAUUAUCUGCUUGUAAAGUCAACAAAGUUUGCCCUUUGGAUUUCAAGCAGCCAAUUGAGGUGAUAAAAGCUUGUAAAAAUGUGGCAGCUCCAAGUCCUUCAUGCUGUAGUUCAUUGAACACAUACAUUGCAGGAGUACAAAGGCAAAUGUUAAUUACAAACAGACAAGCGAUAAUCUGUGCAUCAUUUUUGGGGUCCAUGCUAAGAAAAGGCGGAGUACUAACAGACAUAUAUGAGCUUUGUGAUGUCGACUUGAAAGAUUUUAGCCUCCAAGUAGCUUAUGGAGAAGAAGGGUGUCUACUUAGAAGCUUGCCUGCAGAUGUGGUGUAUGACAAUUCAAGUGGGUUCAGCUUUACAUGCGACUUGAGUGACAAUAUUGCUGCUCCUUGGCCUUCAUCAUCAUCCAUGGCAUCAUUCUCCCUAUGUGCUCCUGAGAUGUCAUUGCCUGCCCUACCAACAUCAGAGACAGUAUAUCCUGGGUGCGACGGGCUUCUUUUGAAUCUCCUCAUAAUCGUCUUUGCGCUUUUUAUAGUUCAUUUGAAUGGUUAGUUGGGGAGGUAAGAAGAGAGUUUAAAUUAGAGACCGAUUGGAAAGUGAGUAGGUGUAUAUUUUGAGACAUGAUUUUCAAUGUAUAGUGUGUCCAUUUAUUAUUGGUUUUUGUUUUUGUUCCUGUUAUGGGGAAUGCUACACUAAAUAGUUGUAUGUCUGUUUAUAAAUGUGUAGUGUAUAUAUAUGAUAGAUCACCCUUUCAGUCAA